AUGCCCGGCGCUCCAUGGCGAUCUCAGGGAUGCAACACAUGCCGAAAGCGAAAAGUCAAGUGUGAUCUUCAACGGCCCGAGUGUGCUCGAUGCCUGCGAGGUGGCCAUCAUUGCCAGGGCUAUGACCGAACGGCAAAAUUCAUCCAUACAUUUGUGGAGCCCAAUGAUCCCCAGACUCGAGAAAUUCAACAAAAGCCAAACAUCUCCGGGAACAAGUUGCAACCGCCACCGGAUAACGUUUCUACAACCUCCGUCAUCAAUGUAAAUGCUCAGAUUAGGUCUCAGCUAUUUUCGGUUUUCAUCGAUUCCUAUGUACCGUCUUCCACCUCGGGCCAGAUCUCGUUUCGAUGUCAGAAAUCGUCCAAUUUGAUCGAGUCGUUUCCCCCGUUGAUGGAUCGACCGAGGAGCCAACUACUAGAUAGAGCGAUUGCUGCCCUUGCAUCGGUCUUUGUGGGAAAGAAGUUCAAUGAUAAUCGCAUGACCAAUAACGGAAUCAGAAUCUACAAUCAAGCCAUACAGAUUUUCGGCCGUUUAAUACCGCGCUCGGACCUUCCUGUUCAGGAGGUUCUCUGUGCCAAUCUUAUAUUCCAAUUAUAUGAACUUAUUAACUGCUCAUCCGGGUUCUCUGGAUGGAUGGCACACAUGGAGGGUGCCAAUGCCGUUCUCGCUCGACAUCAUCAGAAACUGGAAGAAGACCAGAUGUCCAAGAUGCUACUACGCCACCUGAAACUAGCAAAUAUAUUUCAUGCAAUUGGAAAAUCUAAAUCUGCUCUUGCUUCUUGUCCGAUGUGGCAAAUGCUAACACCUCUCGGAAAGGACAACGACCUGAUCGACGAAAUCAUUGAUAUUCUAAUGCAUUGUACACUUCUUGUAGAGCUCGUGGGGGGUGCACGAUCUGAGCGAGAGACUCAAAGACUGAAGAAUUUGUGUUGGAGACUAAAGCAGCGGAUUGAUUCAUGGUACGAACGAUUACGAUCAUUAUUCGGAGAUCCACUUUAUACAAGCAUUCCAGACGAAACCAACAUUGUUCGUUCCAAAAGAAGCAAAAUGAUUUACCCUUAUCGAUAUCAUUUUCCAGCCGUGGAGAUUGCCGAAGCACAUUCCCUCUACUGGGCAGCUCAACUUAUCACCUAUUCCCUCCUUUUUGGACUCGAGCUCCUUGGGGGAUCCUUCGCCCAGCCCGAAAUACCCCUAUCUCUCCAAUCAACUUCCUCUAGCAAGACAACCUCCAAGGAGUCCGAGCUAUACAUGGAAGAAUCCGAAUUCUACGCUGAUCAGAUCUGCCGCGGCGUGGCGUACUUGAUACAACCAGACAUGCAUAUACUUGGCGGAGAAAACUUGCUCUUCCCGGUAGCUAUGGCCGCCCAGUUCUUUCAUGGCAAUGGAUUUCAUGAUAACUAUGCUUUAAACCAUUGUCUAAUCGAGCACGCCGCCGAGGGGGGCGCAUUCAAGAGCGUCACUGGCAAAGCCACGACGAUCAGCCACGUAGUGGAUAUCCCAGUUCCAAGGAUUCAUAUUACACAAGUGAUAUUUAAGGGCGAGGGGUACCAGCCUCUCUCUUCAAUCAUAUUCUCAAAGACAUUCACACAUUCAAUAUGGGUCUCUUCUCACACCAUCAUCACCACGAUCACCACGAUCAGCCUCACGGGCCUCCUCAGGGCGGACCUCCAGGCGGACCUAACCAGCAUGGUCCUGGAGGACCUGGCGGCCCAGGAUUUGGAGGACCCCAAGGAGGUUUCGGUGGUCCCCACGGCGGCCCUGGUGGCCCUGGUGGCCCUGGUGGCCCUGGAUUUGGAGGUCCCCAAGGCGGCCCCGGUGGCCAUCACGGCGGCCCUCACGGCGGUCCCCACGGCGGCCCUGGCGGCCCUGGAUUUGGAGGUCCUCAAGGAGGCACUGGUGGUUUCGGAGGUCCCCAAGGAGGUCCCGGUGGCCCUGGAUUUGGUGGCCCUCAAGGCGGCCCUGGCGGUUUCGGAGGUCCCCAAGGAGGCCCCGGUGGCCAUCACGGCGGUCCCGGUGGCCCUGGUGGUCGGUGGUAAAGAAACUCAGCUUGAACAAACACACGUGUACAUAAGAUUGGGAUGGGUUGGAGGGAUCCUCUCAUGGCUUCUGAAUUCAGACGGUGAUCACUGA